AUGCAGGAUGCAUCCCAAAACACAGACAACCAUUUUCUUGCUGCAUCGAGCGAAUUCGUCGGGACCGUCCUCUUCCUCUGGUUCGCCUUCGCCGGGACGCAAGUAGCCGCGAUGACCAGCACCAGCGCCAGCGCCAGCGACACCAUCACCCCGCAGCGGCUACUCUACAUCUCCCUGAGCUUCGGCAUGUCCCUGCUGGUAGUGGCGUGGGCCUUCUACCGGAUCUCCGGCGGGAUCUUCAACCCAGCCGUGCGCCAACCCUCACCCCUUUUCCUGCUCCGCUGCGCAUUUCUGCUACCCGCCCAGAUCCUGGGGGCGCAUUGUGGCCGCCGCGCUGGUCUGAUGUUCCUGACUACGCUGCUGCUGCUGGUCACGAUCCUGAUGCUGGCGGCGGAGAAGCAUAACGCCACGUUCCUGGCGCCCGUGGGCAUCGGGCUGGCGCUGUUUGUGGCGGAGUUGGCCGGAGUCUACUUCACCGGCGGCUCCCUGAACCCGGCCCGCUCGUUCGGCCCCGACGUCGCCGCCGCCAGCUUCCCGGGCUACCACUACAUCUACUGGGUCGGGCCGCUGAUGGGCGCGCUCCUGGCCGCCGGGUACUAUCGCUUCGCGAAGGCGUUCAACUACCCCGAGGCGAAUCCGGGGCAGGAUGCGACGGGGCCAAAGGAGUAGGAGCACCAGCAGGAGGAGGAGCAGGAGCGGAAGCACCAGUCCUGAGGAUGUUGAUGUUUGGCUUGGCGGAUGCGAUCUUGUUGUGCAGGGUUGUCUGUCAUACUUGUGAAGUUUGG